GUGUUUCCAACGUUUUGGGGGUAUUUUGGUCAACAAUUCCUUGAUAUGUGGAUGUAAAUACAACUAAUAAAUGAUGAGCGCGGAUAGCAGUAGAUACUACUCAGACAAUCUGGUCCUAGACAACUCAGCGGAAGGAGUCGUCAUCACUGGAAUCAAAGAUGACACGGUCGCUGCAAGAAGUGGCCUACAAGCAGGGGAUGAGAUUGUUGCAGCCACUAUCCACCUGGAGCACCUCAACAAAAAUGAAGUGAUGAACAUCCUGAAGGUCCUGGAGCCAUAUGACAGCAACAUUAAGGUUCUGACAAAAAAGCAGCUGGACGCCAGGGCUGACCUUGGCUCCUUUGGAUUAGGUCUCAAAGACCCUGCAAAGAUGCUCAACUUAAAAAAGGACCUGUCACUGGAUGCUCAGGCACCCAUUGUGUCCCUUGAUGGCCUGAAUGGAAAGCUAAAUGCUCCACAGAGCUUUGGGGGUAACAUAGGUGGUCCCACUCUCAAUGGAGACCUUCUAAAAAAGCCCUCAGCUGAUGGCAAGUUCACAAUGCCCUCCCUGGGACUGACCGGACCAGAUAUACAAGGAGAUCUAGAUAGCAGCUUCAAAGCACCGAAUGUCAGUGUCUCAACUCCCAAGCUCAACGCCCCCAAUGCCUCACUUAACAUCGAGAAUCCAGGAAUCAAGACAGGCAACCUGAAAUACAAGGCCCCAAAUUUCACGAUGCCACAGCUCAAUCUCCCUCAAAUCAAAACGCCAAAAGGAGACAUGGAUGUUUCUAGUGAUUUAGAUCUCCCUUCCAUCAGGGGAAAUCUAGAGAAACCAAAUCUCAAUCUGUCAGCCCCAAAACUUGAUCUUAAAAGUCCAGAUUUGGACCUGAAUGGGCCAAAAUUGGAUAUGAACGGGCCUGACAAAAUCAAAUGGCCCCAUAAGAAAUGGAAAGGUGGCAAAGUUAAAGGACCAGAUGCCGACUUAAAUGCUGACCUGUCUGCACCUGAUUUCAACAUCACCACACCAAAGAUUGGUGGGGAUCUAAGUGGACCAGAUGUUGACCUCAACUUACCCAAAGCUGACAUCAACGGCCCUGAUCUAGAUGCUGGUAAAAUCAACUGGCCUCAUCAUAAAUGGAAAAAACCCAAACUGCAUGACCCAAAAGCUGAUCUGGACUUAGAUGCAAACCUGAACUCACCAUAUGUUGAUGCCUCUCUGCCAAAAGUGGAUGGCGGAAUAAAUGUCCCAGGUGUGGACAUGGAUGGAGAGCUCCCAUCUGGCAAAACCCACUGGCCUCACUGGAAAAGGAAGAAGCCCAAACUUCAAGGCCCAAAAGCAGACAUAGAUGCAGACCUAAACACACCCGAUUUAAAUUUCUCAACUCCAAGGAUUGAUGUACCAAAUGCUGAGCUGAAUCUCCCAAAUGCGGACCUUAACGGCCCCAAUGCAGACUUUCAGGCCCCAGAUAUCGACGGAAAAGUGAACUGGCCUCAUCUUAAGUGGAAAAAACCCAAACUUCAUGGCCCCAAAGCUGAUCUGAGUGCAGAUCUGAGCACGCCAGAUUUGGAUCUCUCGGCCCCUAAAUUUGAUGGUGGGAUAAGCACACCAGAUAUUGAUCUGAAUUCACCCAAAGCUAAUGUUGAUGUGAAAGCACCAGAUGCUGGCAAAAUCAGGUUCCCAACACUCAAAAAGCCCAAGUUUAUGCUUUCUGGGCCAAAGGUGAAAGGCCCAGACGUUGACUUUGAUGCGAAUGUAAAAGCACCUGACCUCAAUCUCUCUCCUCAAGCAUCAUUUGAUGGACCCGAUGUUGAUGUGAAUUUACCCAAAGCUGAUGUAGAUUCUGGGAAUAUCAAAUGGCCGACUAUAAAAAUGCCAAAGUGGUCAGGCUUAGGUCCUAAGUUGGAUGGUCCAAAUGCGAAUCUAGAUGCAGAUCUUUCAGCCCCUGACUGGAGUCUUAAAGCUCCAAAGAUUGAUGGUGAAUUAAAUGCACCCGAUGUAAAUCUAAACGUACCCAAAGCUGACCUGAAAGGCCCAGACCUAGACAUUGAUACUCCAGAUUUUGACAGUUCUGGAAAAUUGAAAUGGUUCAACUUUAAGAAACCCACAUUUGGCACACUGAAUGGUCCAAAGGGGGACAUUGAUGCUGAUCUGAAGGUGCCAGACGUGGACCUCAAGGCAGUUGAUGUGAAUAUGAGUGCUCCAAAAAUUGAGGGUGGGAUUAAGACUCCAGACCUCAACUUUGACUUACCUAAAGGCAAUGUGGCUGCACCGAAUAUCGACCUCCAAGCUCCAGCGGUUGAUGCCUCAGCUGGAAAAAUGAAGCGACCCAAACUAAAUCUUCCAAAGUUUGGCCGGUCAGGUCCAAGAGUAAAACCACCGAAUCUCAAUGUUGAUGCUGACAAUGUCGAUUUUCCUGAUGUAAAUCUUAACCUGCCAAAAGCUGACGUCAAAGCACCUAACUUGAAUCUGUCUCCAGAUAUAGAUCUCAAUGCUGAUCUUAAGACAGAUCUUUCUUCCCCCAAAACAAACAUCAGUUUACCAGACAUUGAUUUUUUAACCCCAAAUUCCAAGCGUCCACAUGUCAACCUUAAUUUGCCCAAAGCUGAUGUAACAGGACCCAGUUUGGAUCUACCAAAAGCAGACCUGCAGGUACCUGAUCUCAACUUGAAGGCACCAGAUCUCAGCCUGUCUUCACCAAAGAUUAAUGGAAACCUCUCAGCACCAAAAACGGAACUGAAAUCUCCAAACCUGGAUAUCAACCUGCCGAAAGCCGACCUGAAGGGACCGCAGAUAAAUACACCAGAUCUCGAUUUCGAUUCCCAUCUGGGUGACUUUGAUUUUCCUAAUUUCAAGCGUCCAAACCUGGGUCUUUCAAGUCCUGAACUAGACAUUCCCAGUGUUCAUCCUUCAGUGGAGGCUGGAAUUGAGGCACCAAAGGUCAACAUUGGCACUCCAAAUGUAGACGCCAAUCUUGAAAAGUCUAAAUUCCCAAGUUUCAAUUUCCCAAAGAUGAGCCUUCCAGGACAACAACUAAAAGCAGUAGAGGAUAAUACCAAUGCAAAUCUUGAAUUCUCACCUAAUGUGAAGGUGGGAGGGAUCUCUGCUCCUGAAGUGAAGACAAGCCUCAACGCACCUGAACUGGAUAUUACAGCCGAAGCAGAUGCUGACGUUAAGGGUUCUCCAAAAAGCAAGUCAAGAUGGCCCUUCAAAUGGGGAUUCAAGUCUGGUUCAGGAAGCAAUGAAGACGAAAGUGGCGAUGACUCUGAAACCGAUGUCUCUACGGCUGAGGUGGAGAUGCCUGUAUUCAGAUCCCACAAACUGCCAAGGAACAAUCUUAAUGGCAUUGGAGGCAUUGAGGAUAUUUUCAGCACAUCAAAGCUUGAAACAGAGGCAAAGGAUUAUGUCGUGAGCAAAGGGAUCCGCUUGCCGGUAAUAAAUACAAACACAAAAGCAGGAGGAAAGGUUGACAUUAUGGAGAGACUGAAAAUGUCAAUGUAUAAAACACCCUCAGUGAACGCCUCACCAACCGAAGCGAAAACAGACAUCGAUCUGAAGCUCUCCGCCCCGAGUCUUGCUGCCGAUUCUUCUUUGGCGAGGGGAGGCACUUUCAAAGUUGAUAAGCCAGAGUCUGCACUUGGCCUGGUAACCCCGGAAAUUUCGACGUCAGAUGAAAAUGCCAAAAUGUCCGCGAGCCUCUCCAAUAUGCUCGGCCUUUAACAGCGAGGAUUAACAUGCUGACCGAUAGGCUCACCCGAGAAGUAAAGCGUCAGUCUGGAAAUAUUGUAAAAACAUAGACUCAACCAAUUAUUUGCCUUAGUUUGUGUCCAUGACAGAUAUUAACUGUUUGAUUUACACUUGCCACAGUUUUUACCAGCAACCAUCGGACCCGUUAUCGAGAGCCGGUUUGCAUCGUUCGACCUGAUCCGCAAACCGGCAGCUUUGUCAGGGACUGAUGUGUGAGAGGACGCGGACAUGAGCAUUGCAGCUCGCGGUGUAUGUCUGUGUUCCAGAGAGCAAGAAAAAGAGAGAGUGGAAUAUGAGGUGGACUGUUGAAUUUGAAACACUCCUUUCUCAUUUAUUUUACCCGCUAGCCUGAACUCGUGAUAUUUUCUGGUAAGCUUGGCGCAAACUCCCCCGAGAACCAGCUACAGUAUCCGUCUUGUGUGGUGACUUCAGGUAGCAAAGAGAAUAAAUGUAUUGUUUUAAACUGUGUAUAUUCCUGUUAUUUAUACAAGCUUGUUUCCCAACAUUGUUGAUUUGGAAGUAUGUCUGUCUCAGUAUUGCAUGUGAUCACAAGUUUCUCGGAAAUGCAUUACUUUACCUUAAAAUCUUUACUUGAUAAGAUAAUUAUGUGAAUGUGUUUGUGGAUAUUUUUGUUCAAUAAAUAACUCUUUAAAUUGA